UCUGGUGCAGAGUACCAAUUGUUCUCCUCACGAUAUAUAUGUAUAUAUAUUGUUGCCUCACCUUUUACUGUUUCUUUUGCUGGAUGGAUAAAUUGGUUUAUUCGGUCGCUAGUUUUUGAUUUCUGAACGAAUUGGAAGGAUUAUGUUGCAGCGAUUCGUGGACAACCUUCUCGCCGUCACAAAAGAGUCGGUGAAGACAUUCACUUAUGAAUCUUUAAUCAAUAUUGCAAGGUUGAUAAAUGGGGUUUCAGCCCUUGUGUUGACUAUACUGCCAGGGAAGACAACCAUUUUGGAAGGGAUUCAUGGCUGGGAACUCAGACCCACCUUACGUGGACCUCGUCUUCCUCGAUGGAUGGAAAAUGGUGUUUCUUCAUUCAACAAGCUUGUUCAUGAGCUUUCCAUGGAUACUGAAACUUCCUCAGAUGCUGAUUCUAUAGCAGGCGAAGAGGAUAAUGAAGAGAACAUAUAUCCUUCCUCUCCCUUGUCGCAGGCUUCACGGCUAUCAUAUAGCAGCACUUUCACUAGAUAUGAUCGACAUUUCAUACGCUCAAUCAAAUUCAUGCUUUCCUGGAUCCUUUGGCCUGCAGUAUUUCUUCUAAGGCUGCCACAUAUUGUCUUCCAGUUGGCAUGUUUUAGAAGAGGUGGGACGGUCCCCACAGGCAACUUAAGAGUACGCCAUAUUUCAAGCCCUCACCAGACAAGAAGGUCAGUUCAUACAAAGGAUCAUGUUGUUCAGCGCACGACUGAUAGGAGACGAGGCGUAAUUGAGGAUCUGCAUCUGGCAAUCGAGAUAUUCAUCGAGUCAGCUUUCGAGACUGCCCAUAAUGUUGCACACUUCCUUCUUUCCCCUUCGCAACUUCACAGAAGAUUGUUCGGAUGGUUCUAUUCAAAUGGAGGUACUAGAAAAGAUAACUACGGUGUUGACAUGAAUAUGGUGAUUCCAACUAAAACACUUGGCGAUGAUGAACCAACGCCAACUGAAAGGCAGCACACUUUACAUUAUUCUCUGAAUACUGAUGCUCGGACAUGUCAAGAUGUAAUAACUGAGCUUGGGUAUCCUUAUGAGGCUAUUCGUGUGGUUACCUCUGAUGGAUAUGUACUGCUUUUGGAGAGAAUUCCAAGGCGUGAUUCAGAAAAGGUUGUCUAUUUGCAACAUGGAAUAUUGGACUCCUCAAUGGGUUGGAUCUCCAAUGGGGUUGUUGGUUCUCCUGCUUUUGCAGCUUUUGAUCAAGGUUAUGAUGUUUUUCUUGGAAACUUACGUGGGUUAGUUUCAAGGGAGCAUGUGGACGUGAACAUUUCCUCACGCAAGUACUGGAGAUAUUCUAUCAAUGAGCAUGCGACAAAGGACAUACCAGCAAUGAUAGAGAAGAUACAUGAGAUAAAAACUUCUGAAUUAAAUAAACUUUCUAGACCUGAUUUGGAUGGAGAAGUACAUGAUCAGCCCUACAAACUGUGUGCAGUCUCCCACAGCCUAGGAGGAGCAGUUAUGCUGAUGUAUGUCAUAACAUCUAGAAUUGAGUUGAAACCUCACAGAUUAUCAAGGUUGAUCUUGUUGUCUCCUGCGGGUUUUCAUGAUGACUCUACAAUAGUGUUUACAUUACUGGAGAAACUUCUGCUACUUCUCGGUCCUGUGCUUGCUUCCAUCGUCCCUGGACUGUAUAUACCUACUAGGUUCUUCCGGAUGCUCAUUAACAAGUUAGCUAGAGAUUUUCAGAACUACCCUGCUUUGGGAGGUCUUGUGCAGACUCUUAUGAGCUACGUGGUGGGUGGUGACAGCUCAAAUUGGAUUGGAGUGCUUGGAUUGCCUCAUUACAACAUGUAUGACAUGCCUGGGGUAUCACUUCACGUGGCCCUUCACCUUGCACAGAUGAAGCGAGCAAGAAAGUUUAUAAUGUAUGAUUAUGGAAGUGCAGCUGCAAAUAUAGAGGCAUACGGAAUGCCAGAGCCUUUGGACUUGGGAAAAAAUUAUGAACUUAUUGACAUUCCUGUCGAUUUGGUAGCAGGGCGAAAAGACAAGGUUAUUCGACCAUUAAUGGUGAGAAAGCACUACAGGUUGAUGAAGAAAGCAGAUGUUCAGGUUUCUUACAAAGAGUUUGAAUAUGCUCAUUUGGACUUCACAUUCUCACACAGAGAGGAGCUUUUGGCCUAUGUCAUGUCCCGUCUUUUGCUGGUGGCUCCAACACAAAAGCACCACAGAGCCCAGGGUGCUGUAAGGCUGAAACCCAAUGGAACCCAGUCAACAUCCGAGUCCGAUGACCUGGAGCAUUCAGGAACAAGAAGUGAAAUUGUUCCUUACAGUUGAGUGAUAUACUAUGUUAUUUGUAGGCUUCAGCCAUAUGUUACCCCAUAGAUGAAACUUUGUUUGAUACGUGUUUCAUAGGAGGAAUGUAAAUCAGUAGUCAUUGCCACACUUCCUCUGUAACUGGUGAGAAGGGUCCGUUGAGAACCCUAAAGGAAACUGGUCUCUUGUUGGAUCUCUUAAACGAGAAAAAAGUGACAGACUUUGUUUGUAUCAUUUUCUUUUGAAGUAUUCUCAAUCGUCAAAUUCUUUCUGUGUUA